AUGAUUUCCUCCAAGCCCCUUCCACUCGCUGACGAGUGGACAGAUCCGGAUGCUUACGUUGAGGCCUUGAUUUCCUUCGCUACCAAGUCUGACAUCUUUAGGCAUCUCUGCGGCGGAGUGCAUAUCCUUGACUUCCUAACACGAGAGCCGGACCUUUAUACCUCCCUGCUACCGGAACACUGGCGCACCUUCUUCGAUCAGCAUGAUGUCCAGGAAAUUCUAGACUUGCUCCUCCGCGAUGACCUACAGCCCCUCUUCGGCCAUAAUCAGCGACCAGCCGGACCGGGCAAUGCACAGGAUGCGGACGCAACAGGGUCGCAAGGUGGUGCUCUCCCGCCGCUGGAUCUCUUGGAGUACAUCCACCAGAUUCGGCGCCUGAGUCUGGGACGGGACUUUACUCCGUCUCAACCCGGGACCCCCGUGAUUCCGAGGCAUAUCGCAGUAGGGAUGAAUGUCAAGAAGUACCACGAGGUGGCGCACUUCUCCAAGUAUGUGGACAAGCUGUGCACUACGGUUGAUGAACGACGGGGUGAGGCAAUCACGCACAUUGUGGAUUUUGGGUCGGGUCAGAGUUACCUGGGUCGCACUCUUGCCUCUGCGCCCUACCAUCGACACAUUGUGGCCAUUGAGCGAAAACAUCAGUUCAUCAGUGGUGCGCAAGGCAUGGACGUGCAUGCUCGUCUGAAGGAAAAGAAAAAGGUCAACAUGUACAACAAGAAAGCUGCCAAAUGCAAGGUGUGCGAGGAACCUGAGUCGCCUGCAGCGGUGGAGCCGCGCCCCGAUGCAGGGGAGUCCAACACUGCAGAGCAGAAGCCCCAGGAGGAGGACCCAACAGCAGCUAGCGCCAACGGAGAGGAAGAGGAGUUGGCUAUGAUCAAUGUCUUCCGUGACGUCAGUCUUGCACCCGGUGAGAUCGGCUUUAAGCCUCAUCGGAAUGCGCCCAAGGCAGCUGUCGAGGAAGAAGAAGAUCCCAACAAGCCUAGAGGCACAAUGGACUAUAUCGAGCACGAGAUCAAGGAUGGUUACUUGGAGCCGAUCAUCAAGGAUGUCAUCGAGGCUCCUCUGCCUGCUGUUGAAACCAACGGCGAUGCUGCGGACGAGAACGCGCCUGCGACCAAUGGCGCAAAGGCGGACCAGAAGCCGGAGGACGCCAAGGUCAUGGUCAUUUCUCUGCACUCUUGCGGCAAUCUACUGCACCACGGUGUACGCUCCUUGACACUCAACCCGUCGGUCAAAGCUAUUGCUAUGAUUGGCUGCUGCUACAACCUAGUUACGGAGAGACUAGGCCCUGCAACGUAUAAGCUCCCUAUUCUUCGGUCCAUGCAUCCUCGUCUGACACAGGAUGCCGUCGCGUACGAUCCCCAUGGAUUCCCCAUGUCAAAGCGCUUCGAGGACUACGAGCAUGAAAGCGGUACUGGUGUCAAGCUGAAUAUCACAGCACGGUCUAUGUCUCUGCAAGCUCCUUACAAUUGGGGCAGAAAAGACAGCGAGGACUUUUUCACUCGCCACUUCUACCGAAGUCUUCUCCAGCGUAUCCUGGUGGACCGUGGAGUUGUUGCGAAGCCUAAAAUCCCUGAUGAUCUCUAUGGCGAAUCAGAUGUGCCCGAAGAUGCAGGAAAUCCCCUAAUUGUGGGCUCUCUGCGCAAAUCCGCUUUUGUCUCAUUUUCCGCCUAUGCCACCGCUGCCGUAGCCAAGCUAUCCCGCGAUGCUCACUUCGGUGAGAAGGUGAAAGCCGGCAUGAGUGACCUCACUGAGGAAGACUUAAACCGCUAUGUGGCAGACUAUUGGUACGCAAAAAAAAAUCUCAGUAUAGUGUGGAGCUUGAUGGCUUUCAGUGCCGCCUUGGUUGAGGCCAUCAUUGUUGUGGACCGGUGGCAGUUCCUCCGGGAGCAUGAUUCCGUCCAGGACUGCUGGGUUGAACCGGUUUUUGACUACAGAGAGAGUCCUCGCAACCUGGCUGUUAUUGGAAUCAAAAAAUAG